AGUAUUUGCCAAAAGUACCCAGUUUUCCUCCACUUAUUUCUCAUCACACAAUCUUCAGGCAAACACGCUCAAGUACACUCUCCAACCGUGAGUAAGCGGUGGCACAAAUCACAAAUGGCUAUGGAGUUGGCCAUCCGAGCUUCAGCCACUCCCAGGCUUUCCCGUCCCACAACUUCCUCGCUAUCUUCUACACCCAGAGCUUCUUCCAGACCACAAUUCAGACCCACCUCUGUAUCAUUACCAACAUCAGCCACCAUAUCUCUGUUGGCUCUAUUUACUGCUCCCCAUGAAGCAAAGGCUCUCAGCCUCUCCAAGGAUCAGAUAGUCUAUUCUAUCACUGAAGUGGAGAAAACAAUGGAUCAGGUUCAGGAAGUGGGUUCGAGUUUCUUCGAUACUACAAAGCGUGUUCUUGAAGGUGUGGGGAAUGUUUUGAAGCCAGGCAUCGAAGCAGCAGUGCCAAUUGUAAAACAGACAGGAGAACAGGCUUUGAAGAUAGCUUCCCCGGCGAUUUCUGAGGCUUCAAAGAAGGCCCAAGAAGCAAUUCAAAGCUCUGGCUUUGACACACAGCCUGUUCUCAGUGCUGCUAAGACAGUUGCAGAUGCAGCACAGAGGACCACAAAGGUGAUUGAAGAAGCCAGGCCUAUAGCUUCCUCAACUAUUGACACCAUCUCGUCAUCAGACCCCAUUGUGAUUGUAGGAACUGCUGGAGCAUUAUUUCUUGUGUACCUCCUUCUUCCUCCCAUUUGGUCUGCCAUCUCAUAUAACCUUCGUGGUUAUAAGGGUGAGCUUACUCCUGCUCAAACUCUUGAUCUAAUGUCUACAAAAAACCACCUUAUGAUUGACAUUCGAUCGGAGAAGGACAAGGACAAAGCUGGUAUUCCUCGCCUUCCCUCUAGUGCUAAGAACAGGAUGAUUGCCAUUCCUUUGGAAGAAUUGCCAAGCAAGUUAAAAGGCCUUGUCAGAAAUGCAAAGAAAGUGGAAGCAGAGAUAGCUGCUUUGAAGAUUACAUAUCUCAAGAAAAUUAACAAAGGCUCCAACAUUGUGAUCAUGGACUCGUACUCAGACUCAGCAAAAUUGGUUGCUAGAGCACUAACAAGCCUUGGCUUUAAGAACUGUUGGACUGUAGUUGAUGGAUUUUCUGGAAGCAGAGGAUGGUUACAGAGUCGGUUAGGAACAGAUACGUAUAAUUUCUCUUUUGCGGAGGUCAUCUCACCAUCCCGAGUCAUCCCUGCUGCAAUCAGACGUUUUGGUACAACCAGCUCAAGUGGGCAAAAAUUACUUCCCGGGGCUGAGUGACAAUUUCACUUUUGUUUCCUUUCUUAACCUGCUCUGGGUUAUAAAUACUUCUGAUGUGCAUAAAUGGUUUAGGUUAGAGCCCUCCAGACUGAUUCCUGUAAUUCUUUGAGCAAUGUCAAGUCAAUCAAUUGGUCCUUUUUCAUAGUC